AACCCCGCGCGAAACGUUGUUGCACUCGGGGAUGUCAAAGCGACUGGACCAAUGAGCAGGUUGUUGUGUGCAAACGCUUGGAUUUAAUCCGUCUUAAUGAAUCAGUUCCGCAGAAUCCGAAAGCGUCUGUGUGGUUGCGUCGACUGAUAAAAGUGCCGUGCCUUGGUUGUGAGUGCUUCCGUGCAUUUUGUGAGUCACUGCGGAAAAGCAGAGUGGAUACCCCGGACGCCGCCGCAGCGGAGUCGCCUUUUUUUUCCCUCGCCGUUUUGUGUGUGGUGCUGGUGGUAGCAUCGCAGACGACAAACCCACCUGGUUGAAAUAUGUGGUUGUGCAGCGAAUGGAAGGUUUGGACGAGGUGGCUAUUUUACGCACUGGUGAUAUGCACACUAUCAGUUUCAAGCACAAGAUCUCAAGAGUCUAAAGGGUCACUAAAAAUUACCCCCGAGGGCGCCUCACUGUCCAGCCCCUCCGGCACAGGAUACGUGGUGUUUUGUAAGGCUGAGGGAGGCGAAGCUCCGUAUACGGAUUUCAAGUGGAUAGGACCCACUGGGCAGCAGGUAGAAAGCCGAAGUCCCACCCGUGUGGCAACCACAAACAGCGGCUACGCCCUCUCCUUCGACAAUCCCACAGCGCAGCAAAGCGGCCAAUACACCUGCAAGGCACUUUACGGAAACACCGUCAACCUAAUCAAGUCUGUCAACAUAACCUUCUACCACGACAUCACGUUUGAGGACUGUUCGGCAAGUCAGUACCUGAUCCUGAACCAGGAGAAGGAAGUGAAAUGCACUGUGCGGGGCAAUCCACUGCCCUUGGUGGCGUGGACCAAAGAUGGGGUCCCUGUGGGUCAACGGGAACGCUACGAGAUAACGGAGAAAGGCGUCACCGUCAAGAGCGCCACCCCUGCCGACAGGGGCACCUACAUUGUCUCGGCCAUGGUCUCCGCCACGGGAAGGUUCGACAAACGGAACAUCACGGUGGAAGUCUACACACCACCAAAGAUAUCGGAUAAAAUGCCAGAGUCGAGCGAAAUGAUUGAAGGUUCCUUGGGGAGAUUAGAGUGCUCAGCAGAGGGUUAUCCACACCCUAGGUUCUACUGGUUCGAUAAGGCAAACCGGAACUUGAGCACCGUGAAUGGCUUUCAAGUGGACCCCAAGGCCGGGGUACUCCUGGUGAGUUCCGUUGGAAGGGAGGAAGAAGGAAGGUACCGCUGCCAGGCGGUCAACCCUGCAGGGACAGACAGUCGAGAGGUCAGCGUCAGUGUCAUCGUUAAGCCGAGGAUCACUGAAUUCCGCAACGUGACAGUCUCUGUUGGAGGUGAAGUGAAGCUUGAGUGCAGGUCCCACGGAAAGCCAGUGCCGGAUAUGAAGAUACGCAAGGAUGGAGAUCCCGCGUUCAUUUCGGAUCAGUACUUCAAGAUCCUUCAGACCCAGAACGCUCAGCAAGAGACUGUGCUGACAAUGACUGCCAGCAGUGCCACACGUCACAUGGACGGCCUCUACUACUGUUCGGCUGAAAACAAGGCCGAGAAAGUCGAAAGGGUUGGCCACCUUGCCGUCCAGUUUCCUCCAGACAUGACGGCUUCGGAGAAUCCUGUGAAGACAUGGGGCCAGAACGUGGCUGAGCUGAAGUGCAUUGCCCAGGCCAUUCCAAACGCCUCCAUCACCUGGUACUAUCGCAAGCAGCCCGUUAUGCAAAGGCCACAGUACAUCACUGUCGAGGGCAACGUCGGUAACAGCACCCUCAGGGUGUACCCCAGCUUCCCCGACCGCUACGGAACGUAUGAGUGCUGGGCGCAGAACUUCCUGGGCAACAGCUCGAUAGAGAUUAAGCUUGAGGAGGCGCGCCUCCCCGGGGUCAUGGAGCGCCCCCCAGCGGGGCCCGUGUCCCCGACUGCGGUCGAGUUUAAGCUCCGGGCUCCUGCUGAUGACGGAGGAUCCCCCAUCACCAAGAUCGUCAUCAAGUACUGGGCCGACGGGGAGAGGGAGGACAGCGCACGCUUCCAGGAGUGGACCGACGUGGACAGUACAGAACCCGUGUCUGUCGACGGGCUGGAGCCCAAACACAGGUACUGGUUCCGUUUUGCGGCCGAGAACAAGGUCGGUCGGGGUUCCUUCUCGGAGGCCCUGUUCCGCGACACCCCGGAGGAGAGCGCCCCGGAUGCACCCACGAUACUGAGCAGGGACGGCAACAGCAUGUACCCGGACAAGUACGAGAUCCGUUGGGUGCUGCCCCGUGACAACGGCAGACCAAUUCAGCACUUCAGGGUUACCUACUUUAAGGUGGACAAGAGGCCCGGCGACCAGUUUGUGCGCGUCGGAGAGUCCAAGACGCGUCAGGUCUCCGAGUGGCACAACGUGCCACGCAUCGAGCUCACGGGCCUCUUUCCCGAGAGCUACUACAGGGCAGAGAUUGAAGCCUACAAUGACAUCGGCUACAGCGAGAAGGCUGCCUAUGUCUUCCGCACUGCAAGGGAUCCCUCCAACCACACACCAGUGAACCUUCCCAACUUUGCCGGUUCUGCGCCCGAGGAAGAGGGACUGCGCGACAUGAUGAACACGGGUAGCCUGGGCAUGUCGCUCACCACCAUAGUGGUGAUUGUGGUGGUGCUGGUGCUGGUGAUCCUGUUAGUGCUGGAUGUCGUCUGCUACUUCCGUUUCCAGUGGGGCUUCCUCUUUUGCCUACGGCACUCGCUUUGCUCACGAGGUGGCGCUCACGGAAAGAAGGAGGCAGUUGUCGAAGAUGGCAAGAGCAGCAUUCCUGCUGCUCAGGAGCAAGAGAAGCCCACAGUGGAGCCUGGCAACCCGCGCCCCCCCAAUCAAAAGGAACUCGUUUACGCACCUGACAAGUCUCGAGAAGCGGCCGAGGACACACCCAUGAUUGACAGCAAAGGGCUCAAAGAUGGCAGGCACAACGACAACUUCGAUGCCGAGAAGAACCUCAAGGGAUCCAAGUCCAGCAUUGCUAAAGACAGCAUGGUGUGAUCUCUGCACUUCCUGGCAGGACACCGUCAAUGUUUGUCAUCACAGACUUCGGUGCCGAACUGUUUGUCCGCUGGACUAAUAUUGCACAUUUGUAUCACUAACUUUUUUUUUUUUUUAAAGCGUUCUUUCAUUUCACUUCAUUGCUCUUUUUUUUUUUUUUUUUUUUUUCUUCUUCUUUUAGCAACCACCUCCUCUGGUGUGAAUGCAAGCCAUACCAAUUACAAUGACAAGGUGCUGAAGUGGUUUCAAAGAGAAACAGUGUGUUCAAUUUUUUUAUAUUUUUUUUAAGUUCUUAGAAGGGUGACACGAGGUUGCAGUCACUACUGCGUGUGUGUUUCCUUUUUAUCUAUAUUUCAUACUUUAGCCCACUGCUGUACCUGGCAGGGACGGGUGACACAUCGAAUCAUUCCAAGUGUUAUAGGUUGUCAUGUACCGUUUUUUUUGUGUGUGUUUUUUUUUUCCCAGUUCUUUCUCAUUCCCACGGCGCGUGCGGACAUGUCGCACACGUUGAAGCGUGAACCCACGCGUGUAUUUAAGCACGACGCGUCGAAGUGUGACGCACGCUCUUAAGACUGCUAACAACGUAACUACUUACCCUCGAUGCCAACAAGACGACGCGGCUUUGGUGAUAAAAAAAAGAAAGAAAAAAAUAGAUGUUCCUGUUUUUAACUCGUUCCUUCCGUUUGCAGAGGGUUUUUGGGAGGUCGUUUUUCAUGCCUAGUGUGUGUGUGUUCCAUGCUGUGUUGUUUUUUUUUUCUUGCGCCUUGUACAUAAUGCUCACGUUUGUUUCACAUGUUCUUCAAUUUUGUGUGUACCAGAAUGUCGGUGUCUGUGUGACCCUGUGGACGACGCUGGCUCCUCGGCAAACACCUUGGGAGACGUACUGUUAGUUAGUGCCUUAUUUUUGGGUUGGUUACAUGCUUCCUUAACUGCACGCCGCCGCUCAGCUAAGACUACGAGAAGACUUGAGACUAUUUUUAGGGAAUGAAUGAAUGUGUUUAAGGGGAAAACGUGUGUGCAGCACACUGCGAGCAUUUCGUGCGUUGCACUCUUGCGUAUCCUGUGUCCAGGCGUUAUUUAUUUUUCUUUUAUGUCUCUCUCUCCCCCUCUUUCUGCAAAAUAACCUCCCAGGGUGUUUGGCAAGGUUCAGUUUUAAAGGGACUGUAAAGUGGAAUACUAAUCUACCACGAUCUUCAUGUACUAUACUACCAUGUAGAAUUUGCCUUUAUGAUGACGGGAGUCUCGUAUCCCAAAAAUUCCAAAGUGACGGUGCGCGAAAGACAAGGUGGUUUUCGGGCGAGCUGUUUUUUUUUUUCUUUCUUGUGUACUUUCUUAAUAGAUGGUGCAACAAGGCAUGUCAGCAUUGCUAGAUGAGGGAACUUUCUUCGAGCUUGAUUCGCUAAAAACCUGUUCAGUGUACUGCUACAGGACAUAGCAUCCGAAGCGUCCAAUACGGAACGUAGUUUCUGUAGGUUUACCAUUCACUUUACGGCCCCUUUAAAUUCCUCUAACGAAAAAAAAAAAAAAUCACUUCUGUCUUAGGGAAACACAAGCCGUGUGUUACUUUUGUCGGCAACACAAAAAAGGGCAGCUUGUUCCAAUUUUUUCGAAGGGAGGUGUUUUCAAGUUUUAAAUAUAAAAGUGUUGCUGGUGUUCUGCCAUUGUAUUUUUGUAUUGAUAACAACCACCACCACCACCACCAGGGGGCGCAUGCAUCGCUCCAACGCUGAGGAGCGCACUACAGGUUGCCGAAUGGUGUACAGUGCAUGUUAUGGCUGUUUCAAAAUGCUUUACUUGUUCAUAUUAUCUGUCCAUCUAUAGAUAUUCAUAUAUGUACAUAUACAUAUAUAUUGAAGGUUUUGACAUAUACACACACAUAUACAUAUAUGUAUGUAUGUAUACAAUAUGAUUAUGAGCUGACUAUGUUUUGACUGUGAACGAAACGGGGCAGUGGAUACACAGAAAAAAAAAAAAAAGAUACUCCAACUUCCGAGGAACGCGGCAUCACGGUCAGUUCAUGGAAUGGUGCUUGACGCAGGGUCGUGCAUUAUGCUCAACAAGCCCAAGGAAACAUCUUUGAAACUUCCAAGUGUUCCAUCAAAGUAGCACUACGUUAUCCUGGAUUUCAAUGUAUAUCAACGUUUGCGAAAUCUUUCUUGUUCCACAGUUGCGAGGGCCAUCAUAGCCAACAUUUGGUGCUGAAAGAAUGAUCUGAUCAACAAAAAUCUGCAACCGCUAAAGACUCCUCGAGAAAGAAAAAAAUUAUAUUCUUAUAAACAGUGCCGAAUGCUGUAUGGCGGGACAGGAGAAAGAAAUGACUGUCGACAAGUUAACUCCUUUGUAAGCGAGAUCUUCUGUCGGUUUCAAAUCUUUUCGGAUGAGGGGGGAAUCUACCAGACAUACCUACCUGGUAAACGAGAAGAAAUUUCUGCGGUCUCGCUAACGGGAUUCUGCGACACCGUACUCUUUUGCACAGCGGGCAGCUGAUUAAAUUUUUAUCUUGGAACAAGGUCCAAACACCGUUGGACAGUGAGGCUGGAAGGAAGAAAGUUCUUCCACCGUACACUUGCCAUUUUGGAAGACUUUCCGCCGCAUUAAAAACUUUUUUUUUUUGUCGAACGUGCAGGGAAACGUGCGGCGGCACGAGCGCAGCCGGCGAAAAAAGGCGAGGGAGCCACAUUUUCCCCUUUUCCAACGUCAGUGUUUUUUAAAUUGUUUUAAAUUGUUUUUUAAAUCGUCGUCGCCUCUGUGGAAGUUGGUGCUGAGAUGUUAAUGUAGCACUCCUGCUCGUGAAAUGUGAAAAGACAAAAAUGUGAAAAGACAAAAAAAAAAAAAAGCAUAUAUCCGAUCUCGUGGAGCGAACGUGAAGGGACGAUCGCGUUUGACGCCGUGCAUAUUUUUUGGAAAGCUGUUGUUGGCAUCUGUCUAUUUGUUUGUUUGUUUUUUGUCUCUCUUUUUUUUUUUAAUGUGGAGCGAGACGCUCCAGGUGAGCGUGGUUGAAUGAGUGACGUGUGAAUGGCACAUGCGAGGCCAAAGGAUCAAAAGAUGGUGUUGGAAGGAAGGUUGUACUCACUUGUUUCAUCGUAUAUAUAUAUAUGUCCAAGUAUAUAUAUGCGACUGCACUUGUAGCGCUGCAAAUGGGUUUUUUCUUACAGGUUUGUAAAGUUUUUAAAAGUCUGCAGCUGACCAUCGGUCUGUGACGUGUGUGCGCUAAAAAUAAAGUUUGUUCUUAAGAA